AUGGCACCACCCCAUCGAAUGGACCACAUAGGUUCCCUCCUCCGCCCAGCAUCCCUCCUAGAAGCACGAUCAAGUCUCUCAUCCCCCUCAAAUCUCUACACCAUCCCCUCAGACCACAAAAUCAAACUCGCCGAACAACAAGCAAUCCAAACCAUCGUCUCCAAACAACAAACCCUCUGUAUCCGACCCAUCACUUCAGGGGAAUUCUGUCGUCAUAUCUACUACGGCGGUCUCUUUGAAAAACUCUCCGGAAUGACUCCGAUGCCUAAUCUUCCCAUUCCAGAAGCCUUUCUUUCGUACAGAUUUCCCCACUACAACCGGCCUCGCGAAAAUGGGCGCAAAGACUCGUGCGGCUGUGAUUUGCACGGGACCGAUUCGUUGGGAGGAAAGUGCGUAUUUGGAAGAAUGGAAAAUGUUGACUGCGACCCUACCGAGGGAUUUAUGGCAAGAGUGUAA